CGAGGUCAGCGCACCGACCAAUCAGAGACAGCUCGGUGCCUCUUACAGGAAGUAAACGCACAAACUACAGAGGAGAAAGCAAGCCCUAACUACAAGUCGAGUACAAUAAUGUCUUUAACGGUUUUGACGUCUGCGUACAGACUGAGGCCCCUUUGCAGACUGCAGCGAAUCCAGGGCCACAUGAUGUCAAGUCAGGUGGAACCAGAGGUUCUUCUGGAGAAAGCAGGCUGUGCAGGUGUGAUCACCAUAAACAGACCCAAAGUCCUGAAUGCCCUCAACCUGACCAUGAUCCGACAGAUCUGCCCUCAGCUUAAGAAAUGGGAAAAUGACAAAGAGAUCGGCAUCGUGAUUAUCAAAGGAGCAGGCGGGAAAGCCUUUUGUGCAGGUGGAGACAUCAGAGCGGUCACAGAAGCAGGGAAGGUUGGAGACUCUCUGGCGGAGGACUUUUUCCGUGAGGAAUACAUUCUCAACAACGCUAUCGGAUCAUGCAGGAAACCAUAUGUCGCCCUUAUUGAUGGAAUAACAAUGGGAGGAGGCGUAGGUCUGUCGGUUCACGGACGGUUUCGAGUGGCCACUGAGAAGACGCUGUUCGCCAUGCCGGAGACGGCCAUCGGGCUUUUCCCUGACGUGGGAGGUGGCUAUUUUCUGCCGAGGCUCCGGGGGAAGUUGGGACUGUUUCUGGCCUUGACGGGCUUCCGUCUCAAGGGACGCGACGUGCAGAGAUCAGGAGUUGCCACUCACUUUGUAGAGUCCAAGAAGAUCUCAGAGCUGGAGAAGGCCCUGGUGGACCUGAAGUGUCCCUCUGCUGAGGACGUCUCCAGAGUGCUGGAAUCCUACCAGAACCAGAGCAGCCUGGACUCCGAGAAGCCUUUUGUCUUGGAAAAGCACAUGUCUGAUAUUGACAGGCUCUUCAGCUCCAGCAGCGUGGAGGGCAUCAUGCACAACCUGAAGGCCGACGGCUCCGAGUUCGCUGACAAACAAGCUGAGGCGCUGUCCAGGAUGUCUCCCACCUCCCUGAAAAUCACCUUCAAGCAGCAACAGGCGGGCGCAGCUCUGAGCCUGCCAGACGUGUUGGUGAUGGAGUAUCGACUGAGCCAGGCCUGCAUGAGGGGCUGCGACUUCUAUGAGGGCGUGAGAGCCGUGCUGGUGGACAAAGACCAGAGUCCCAAGUGGAACCCGUCCACCCUGGAGGAGGUGUCCGAGCAGUUCGUGGAGCAGUGCUUCGCCUCGCUGGGAGAGAAAGACCUGAAACUCUGAGGUCUGUCAGCUGGCAGCUGCUUCCCUCCUUCGCUUCAAACACACACCACAAAGCCUUCGCCAAGCCUCCCGUGCCCACAUCCCUUUAUGGUAUGUGAGAGGACUGUAGAGCUUUAAUGACAGGUACUUGCAUAGAUCUUACAGUUCAUAGUUUGACUCUAAAUGCUGCGGUGACGUCUCGCGGGAAACAUCCAGGCUGCUCCUGUGCAGCCGAGGAAAAGAAUCUGAUUCAUGUUCAAAAUCGAAACUAGUAACAGAAGAAGUAGCUAACAGGCGCCCCGUGUGUCACAUGGGAAAAAUGUUCAGUGUAAACUUGCUUUGCAGUGAAGAGUCUUUUUUUCUCUUCUUCUGCUGCAAAUCCAAGGAAUCUGGCACACAGCAGCGUUAACACGAGGACAUGGGAGGAGAACAUGAUCUCGCCACUGAGUGCUUUAUUACAUUUCCUGUGGAUGUGUGUCGAUGUGACAUUGAUCAGCAUCAUCUGUUUUCCUGUUGAGUGCGGCCACUUGUUGGAACUCACAUAAUGUAUCGUGUCCAUUUCUGCAGUUCUUGUCUUUUCCCAGUUAUUUUGUGUUUAGUGACGUCUGUACGCCGGAUAAAAUCAGUGUUCUGGCUGAUCCGAGCAACACUCCCGGGACAAAUCGGAAUACAUUAGCAUGACUGUUACUUUGCAUUUAAGUAAACAAAUAGCAGUUUCAGCAGUUUGAAAUGUGUGUAGUUUUUCAGGAGGAAUCAAAUCACCUCCCCAAAUCAAUAGCUGCAUUAUUUAUGAGACAACCAGUCAGAUUAGCCAGCCGUGUUGGCUCAGAGAGCAAUAAAGAGAGUCGAUAACCGAAAAUGUUGUGUGUUCUUGGUGGGUGAAGAAACGUUUAUGACCUGCCUAUAAAGUCUCCUUGUGAAACAGAGA